CUUAAAUAAAUAUAAUUGAAUUUAACGUUACAGAAUUAUUUGAAUUUGAAUCUGUUGUGUUUAUUACUUUCGUGAAAAAUAAAAUAAAACAUAUUCACCUCUACAUAAAUAUUUGCUGAUAUUUAUUCAAGCUAAGCUUAAUCACAGGACUUUGAUUCUCUCAUUGCAAUUCACAGCAGAAAUUUCUCAGAGCAAAAAUUUUGUGCUUUUGAGUUAACAUAAAACUAGCUAAAAUAUCGUUUUUCGACAAAAUCCACAAAAACAGCACAAAUUAUGAACAUGAUGUCUCACAUGCCACCACGUCGCCGUUUAGGCUCUGUUGGUGAUUCCGCACCACCAUCGGAAUCAUCAGAAGGCACCUCAUCAGAGCAUAAUGAAUUAGUCUUGAAUCCUGAUUGGUCAAACCAUACAUCGACAACACAAUCACGCACCAACAACGUCAAUUCGUUGUAUAUAAAUUCCGAUGUUGAUGCUGAUACAUUAAGCAUUGAUACCAGCAGCAACACAAAUCUCUCCGACUACGAACGCGGUCAGGUUGAAAGUUUCUUUGGUGGACUUGGUACAGAAAUCUUUGUUAGCUCUUCAUUGGCUAAUCUCUAUGAAGGUACUGGCAAAGAUGGUGAUUGGCGUCUUGUUUUCACAGGCAUACCGGUGGUGUUACAUGAUAAGGGUAGUGCACGUGCUCGGGCCCUACCACGUGUUACACUUGUGCUAGCUGAACGUGGUUCAUCAUUUGCUCUAUGGUCUGAUCGCAUUGAUAAUCUAUCCAAUUAUCGUGUUGCCGGACCAUCAUUCCACACAAUGUGUUUGUCCACAAAUCAUCAACAAUUGAUCGGUUUCAGUUUUGAUUCGACUGAAUCAGCACGCGAAUUAUGGGCACAUAUUGAAAAGUUGGUCAGCGAUCCGGAGAAUAUAGCACUCUCCGUUCCUGGACGCAAGAAACAGAAACAAAAACGUGUCAAGCCGGCACCAUUACCACCAAAGUCACAAAUCUCCCAUCCAUGUCAGUUUCAUCAUGUGACCAGUGUCACAAAAGAUGACACCGAUCGGUAUUACAGCAUGCAAGCAUUUGCACCACUGAAGCAUCGUUAGGUCAUACGCUGUACUUGAAGUCACCUUUGUUAGCUUCAUUCUCUCAGCCAGAAUAUGUAAGAGAAAAUUUAAGAGAAAAUUUUAUAGUAAAACUUGUUAAUGAACAAAUUACCAAACUUCGUCAUUUAGCACGUAAGGUUUAUAUAUAUUUUAUAUUAUUGUGACAUUCUGUUUAAUCGGAUAUUUUUUAUAUAUACUACUAUAUGUACGUUAUAUGAAAUACGCAUUGUAUGUUGUGGCCUAUAUUAUUAAUAUUUUAUUCAAAUUAUAU